GGCUCUUGCAAAAUCAAACUCCAUGAUCACCGCCCAUGGACAGAAGACUGCGUUGAAGAUUUUGACUCAAUCUUCCUUUUUGGCCGGCUGUCAUCAGCAGGUGCAAUUGUUCCUGCGUACUCUGACCUCUGGUGCCACUGGGAAGGUCCCGCAGACCGGAGCAGCAGAGUCAGUACACUCUCCUGGUCAGCUCUUGUACAACAGAUUCAGCCACACAUGGGGUCCCUGUCAAGGACUUCAGAUGGUAGGCACCCAGUUAAAGCAGAAUGGCGCACUCCAUGCAGUUCUGUCAGCGAGGUGGUUUUCCGGCUCCAAGCUGAAGCCCAAACACGUGGGUGGAAAGCUGAAGGUGUACUCUUCCUUCAAGGAGAGAUUUAAGCUCACAGGCACAGGAAGGGUGAAGUACAUGCCUCCAGGCCACAGGCAUAGGCGGAGCCGGAAGUCAGCUGAUCAGAAUAGGCAGCUUCGCAAGAGCUCAAUGCUCUUCAGCACAUAUGCAAAGACCAUGAAAAAGCUCGGGUUUCGCAUGACCAGUUACUGAGGCACCUGUGCCUGUGCUGUGCGUCAUGACAAAAUGGCCGAGACAUGUGUACACUGUGACCUCUGCUGCAUUGAGCUGUAAACAGUAAGUAUUUGCACUAGUCAAUCUGGCAAAUCUCACUGCACAGGUGAAGUUUGGACGUGAUCAUGCAAUCACUGCAACAUAGCAGGGCGCACUGCUUGAGCAACGAAUUAUGUCCUAAUUGAAAUGACGCAAUUUCUCGUAUGAUAACAUUUUCAAAUUGUCUGGAUCAGAGCAAUGAUAAGCCGAAUGGUUCAAUACAGCUGUCAUGACCACUGAUCUUGAGCAUGCUUUUAUGUAAGUAUGUCUUCAUC